AUGGCCGCCGCAAUGGGCUUCUCCUCCUUCGGCGCCCAGAACCGGCCCCAGAAGCGCAAAUACAACCCCCACGCCGACGCAGUCACCAGCUCCGACUCGGCAACCGCCCAGCGCGCGGCAAAGCCAUCCGCCACGGGGUCCAACUCUACGCCACUCGGAGCUGCCAGGGAGAAGCAGCCUGAUCCGGCGGCUAACGCCGAUGAAAUUGACCUGGAUGGAGAUGACGACAAGGAUGAAGACGCCAACCUUGACAGGGGGCAAGACGAUGAUCCGACAACCUCAGCCGGGGCUCUUGAAGAGCCGCCUAACCAGUCGUCAACAACACCGGCGUUAGUGCGCCCUCCAGGACUCCCAAACCGUCCGCCGCCUCCUGGAAUCAGCGCCACCACAGGCCCUUCGGGAGGAGGAGGAGGCCAUCAUCGAGCCAACACCCACAGAAGAGAGGACGACGACUCCUGGAGCGAAGGAUACUACGAUCCACAAUCAAACGAGAACCCUUGGCGGCGAUUGGAGGAAGCGAAAGGCUUGCAACCCCUGGGUACAUGGCUGGCUCCCGGCCACCAUCGAGCGAGUGCUCGAAGUUGA